AUGAACAACGAGCAGUUCCGACGGUUGCUUGUCAACCAAGCAGCUGCAAAGUCUCAAGACCAAGGCGCAACCCCAACUGGCAAUGCAUCCCGUGGCAGCGCAACCCCAGGCGGGGCGCUUGGUUCACGGAUGCGGUCCAACAUCCCAAUGACCCCGCGCUCCGUUGGAGGCGUAGACUUUGCGCGCCAACUCGCCGAGAAAAACCGCGAAGCCGAUGGCCGACCCUCCAAGCGGUUCAAGUCGUCUGCCGCCCCCAAAGGCACUUCGAUGCCGACCGGCUACCAAGAUCGCGCGCAGCUUCGCAAUGCAAGCGAUGGAGAGGAAAAAGGCGAAUCCAUCGAGACCCGAAUCAAGGCACUAGAAGAUAUGGUCAAACUAGGACAGAUCGAUCAAGCUACCUUCGAUAAACUGCGUCGCGAACUCGGGGUUGGCGGUGACCUGGAAAGUACACACAUGGUCAAAGGACUGGAUAUGGAUCUCCUGCGAAGAGUUAGAGCUGGAGAGGAUGUGUCACAAGCGGCCGAGAAACCCGCUCCGUCGCCUCCUGCGGAGGAUGUAGACGACGAGUUCGAGCGCCUGGAGGAGCAAGGGCCCACAGAGUUUGCCCCCGCCCCGAAGGAACCAAAGGAGAAGAAGAAGGGAACCAUGGCACCACCACCUACACGGCCAAAGACUCGUGAUGAGAUUCUGCGCGAGCUGAAAGCGAAGCGCGCUGCGGCUGCGGCUCCUGCUCCGCCGCCAGAAUCCACACUCGGAUCCCGGUUCAAGAAGCUGAGCGAUGGAAAGCCUGAAAAGAAGAAGUUUGUGGAGACAGACGAGACGGGUCGCCGACGGGAGGUGCUCCUCAUCACUGACGCGGAAGGAAACACCAAGCGCAAGACUCGGUGGCUCGAUCCGCCAGUCCAAGCACCAGUCGAUGCCGCAGGAGACUUGCCUAUGCCCGACAAGACUGCCAAGCCCCUUGGUAUGGAGGUUCCGGCAGAUAUUGCCGCCCGUGCUGCGGCUGCGGCUGCGGUGCCAGAAGACGAAGAUGAUGAUAUCUUUGCCGGCGCAGGAGACUACAACCCCCUUGCCGGGAUCGAUGACGAUGGCUCGUCUGAGGACGAAGACGGCGAGGUGGCGGAUCCGGCACGCACAGCGGAGAAGGCCCCUGCCAGCGAGGACAAGCCUGACGCAACCGCACCUAGCAAACCCAUCAAUUACUUCGGAGACGAGGCUCCAGCGGAAACAGAAACAGACAACACCAACCCGCUCGCCAAAGAUCCCACCAUCCUUGCUGCCCUCAAGCGAGCUGCUGCCAUUCGACAGGCUUCUCCCUCUGGGGGCGACGAAGGCGAGUCCUCUGAGGCAGCUCAGCGACAGAAGCGCUUCAUCGAGGAAGCUCGUCGUCGUGAUGCAAUGGAUGCUGCUGAUAUGGACAUGGGCUUCGGAGGAAGUCGCAACGAGGACGAGGCGGAAGAAGAUGAUGGUCCCUUGUUGGACUUUGACGAGGACGAGAAGCGAGGCGGGCAGAAGAGGAAGCGUGGACCUAAGAAGAAGAAGGGUGACAAAAACAGUGCUGCUGAUGUUUUGCGUGUUGUCGAGGGCCGCAAGAAGGAUACAUGA